AUGAAUUCUCCAACAAAUACUCGUCAAACAACACCAUAUACACGACGUUCAUUACCACAUCAUACACAAUCUGUAAUUAAAAGACCUUUAUAUACAAAAUCUUCAUCAUCACCCGAUCCAUUUAAAACUAUUAAAGAACAACAAUUACGAAAUAUUGUUCUUGCUGAACCAUCAUUACCACCAGCAAUUAUACCAUCAAAAUUAAAACUUGAAAGACAUUUUUCUGAUUUAAGUCUUAAUCAGAUUGAAAAUGAUUCACUUUCACCACCAACAUCUAUUCUAUUAGUUCAUAAUCAUCCAUCAUUAUCUUGUUCAUCAUCAACAUCAUCAUCAUCGUCAUCAUCAAGUGCAGCAAAUUCAUCAACUGAUGAUAGUACAACUCCAUUUAUUCAUAUACAAAUGAAUAAUUAUCGAGCUGGAAGAAUACCAGUCAUAUAUACUUCAUCGGAUAUUAAUAAUAAUAAUAAUAAUAAUGCUAAUAACAGUAAUAAUCAACCAACAAAAUCGAAUAGUUUUAUUCAUAAUGUUUCGAUUACUGUUUAG